AUGUCACACAAUCACCUGAAAGAAGCCUUUAUCAGCAACUUAAAUGGAACGAGUUUGCUGGAAAUUUCACUGGGCUUGUCUCUGCCUCCACUCUGCCUGCUUUGCAGGGGACUCCUCUUGAUUUUAUACUACCUGCACUAUGGGAAACCGCUCAGUUCAAGGAAACGCCGCCUGCUGCUGGACUUCCUUGUGCUAAUAUCUCCUCUCGUGUUCUCCUGUACAGUCUUGUCUCCAGUCAUCUUUGUCGUGCCAGCUCUCAUUGCAGCCUUCUGUGCCGGAAUAUUUUCUAAAAUAUACAGCCAAAGAAAACAGGAGACCAGAGUGCCUUUUAGGCAAAUUGUAAAAGAAUUCCAGGAGGCGUACUUGGAUCCAGAAUACAUUCCAGCAGUAACUGUGUUUCGCGUUUACAUCAAUGUGUUGACAUCGAUCAGCAUUUUAGCAGUGGAUUUCCCGCAGUAUCCGAGGCGAUACGCCAAAGCCGAGACCUAUGGAACAGGAGUUAUGGAUUUGGGGGUCGGAGCUUUUAUUUUUGGUAAUGCUCUCGUUUGUCCUGAAGUUAGGCAGAAGUCUUAUGUGACACAACUAAAACUUUCCAGUUUGGCCAAGCAGUUCUUUUCUGUUUGGCCCUUGAUUUUUCUUGGCGUUGGACGACUGGUUAGUGUUAAGUCCAUCGAAUACCAUGAACAUACCUCAGAGUAUGGAGUGCACUGGAAUUUUUUCUUUACCUUAGCGUUUGUAAGGCUUGCAGCAUCUCUACUUCUAGCUGUAUUUCCAAAAAAUCAAUCUUGGAUUGUUGCUAUAAAUCUUGCUGUACUUUAUCAGCUUGCUCUUAACACUACCUCUCUGAAGAUGUUUAUCCUGCACGGGAGCAACGGCAGAGACACGAGGGCUGGCUUUCUGAAUGCCAACAGGGAAGGCCUGCUCUCUCUCUUUGGCUAUCUGGCCAUAUACAUGGCGAGCGUCCACCUGGGACUCCGCUUGCUGAGGUGCAGCAGCUCAGUCAGAGGCUGGACCGAGGCGCUGCGUUUCCUCCUGCUGAUGGUUCUCGCGCUCUUCCUGCUGCUUGGCGUGUCGCAGGCGUGUGCGGACCCCGUCUCCCGCCGGAUGGCGAACCUCUCCUACUGCCUGUGGGUGCUCGCUCACUGUCUGACCUUCUUUCUCUGGUUCGUAGUGACUGAUCUCGCGUUGGUGUUUGCAAAGCUUCUCGUGAAGGGCUCCAGCGUGCCCUGUUGCUGGGACGUUGUAAAGCCCCCCGGUACCAGUGCAAAGCACGGCACGGAGGCCGUGCCUGUGGGGAGGGAAGGCAGGCUGUCGCACGCGUGCCUGAUUAGCGCUAUUAAUAAAAAUCAGUUACUGUUUUUCUUGCUAGCAAAUGUUAUGACUGGUGCUGUGAAUAUAUUGAUAGAUACAAUCCACAGCAAGACUGCAAUUACAUUAUGUAUACUACACUUGUAUAUGUUUUUUAACUGUUUAAUUAUGUAUAUAUUGCAUGCCAAAAAUAUAGUAGUGAAGUUCUGGUGA